UGCAGAACGUCAUAAUGCUUUUACCGCAGAGGAUUGUGGGUAAGAACCUCUCUGUCCGGUCAAGAUGUCUGACAUGGAAGAUGAUUUUAUGUGCGAUGAUGAGGAGGAUUAUGACCUGGAAUACUCUGAGGACAGCAACUCUGAACCGAAUGUUGAUUUGGAGAAUCAGUAUUAUAACUCCAAAGCCCUCAAAGAAGAUGAUCCUAAAGCAGCUCUGAGCAGCUUCCAGAAGGUGCUGGAACUAGAGGGUGAGAAAGGAGAAUGGGGGUUCAAAGCACUAAAACAGAUGAUUAAGAUCAACUUUAAACUGACAAAUUUUCCUGAAAUGAUGAACCGGUACAAACAGCUUUUGACAUAUAUACGGAGUGCUGUCACCAGAAAUUACUCUGAGAAAUCCAUCAACUCUAUUCUAGACUAUAUCUCAACCUCAAAACAGUAUUCGCCUUUUCACUUUUGUUUUGAGAUGGACUUGCUACAGGAGUUUUAUGAGACAACCCUAGAAGCAUUAAAAGAUGCCAAAAAUGACAGACUUUGGUUCAAAACUAACACCAAGCUAGGAAAGUUGUAUCUUGAAAGAGAAGAAUUUGGAAAGCUCCAGAAGAUUCUCAGGCAGUUGCACCAAUCAUGUCAGACGGAUGACGGAGAGGAUGAUCUUAAGAAGGGCACUCAGCUGUUGGAGAUCUAUGCUUUGGAGAUCCAGAUGUAUACUGCGCAGAAAAACAACAAAAAGCUGAAAGCCCUCUAUGAGCAGUCGCUACACAUCAAAUCCGCCAUCCCACAUCCACUCAUCAUGGGAGUCAUCAGAGAAUGCGGUGGUAAAAUGCACUUGAGGGAGGGAGAGUUCGAGAAGGCGCAUACAGACUUUUUCGAGGCGUUCAAAAACUACGAUGAGUCUGGAAGCCCCAGACGAACCACUUGCCUGAAGUACUUGGUCUUGGCCAACAUGCUGAUGAAGUCUGGAAUCAACCCAUUUGAUUCUCAAGAGGCAAAACCCUACAAAAAUGAUCCAGAAAUCCUAGCGAUGACAAACCUUGUAAGUGCCUACCAGAACAAUGACAUCACAGAAUUCGAGAAAAUCCUGAAGACGAAUCACAGCAGCAUUAUGGAUGAUCCUUUCAUCAGAGAACAUAUUGAGGAAUUGUUACGGAACAUAAGAACACAAGUACUCAUCAAAUUGAUUAAGCCUUACACUAGGAUACACAUACCUUUUAUUUCAAAGGAAUUGAACAUUGAUGUUGCAGAUGUGGAAAGCUUGCUUGUGCAGUGUAUUUUAGAUAAUACAAUCAAUGGUAGAAUUGACCAAGUCAAUCAGCUGUUGGAGCUUGAUCACCAGAAAAGAGGCGGAGCCCGAUACACCGCUCUGGACAAAUGGACCAAUCAGCUGAACUCUCUCAACCAGGCCAUUGUUAGCAAACUGGCUUGAUUUGACUGACAUUUUGGGAAAACAAAUUCACCCAAGCAGGCAGCCGCUUGACUUGAGGCUGUCAGGGACAUUAACUACUUUCAAGCCCUAUACUCCGCACUCCCUGAUUGACAUUAAGGGGGUGCUAAAUUUGGCUAGUUUGUAUUUUUACAGCUGUAGUCACUUAAGUCAAUUUUAAAUGUCCUUAACAAAGCAGAAAUUCCCACAGGAUGCCUGCUGUACUGUUAAGUUUCUAAUAUGAAAAUGUUCCCAAUGAGGUUGCAUCAUUUGAAAAACGUUACAUUAAUAGCACAUAUUGGCACUUGGUUAUGGCUUUAUUGUAAAGUGUGAGGACAUGCUGUGUGAAAUUGCAACAUGUAUUUUUUGAACUGUUUCUGUUAGAGUCAGCAUGUUUUACUUGGUUUGCAUAAAAUUCAUUUGAGUUUUAUGUAGUUGCACCACAGCACAAGUGUAUUAUAAAAUGCAGUCAUUGCUAAUAUUCCUCUUAUGAAACAUGUCAGAUCUGUUCAAACUGUGGUGUCUGAGCUCUGCUGUUUCACUUUUGAACAACAAAAAUAAAAGAUGCAUUUGUUGCUUUAGCAGAAA